AAGUCACACGUGAAAAUGGAUUCUCUCAGUGAACUGACUUUGGCUAUUCAAAGUGCGAUAAGUUUAGUUCUGAACUGUCAGAAACUGAUGAUGAUAUUCACGGUUAUCGGAGUUUUGUAUUGCAUAUGUUUUGCUAUCCAUUUGUUUAGAUACUUGUCAAAGAAAUUGAUGAUCUUAUUCACGGUUAUCGGAGUUUUGUCAUGCAUUUAUUCAGCUAACCAUAUGUUUAAAUACUUGUCAAAGUUUGUUCGUUGUGCUGUGGAUGUGACUACACUAGGUGACUGGGCUGUUGUGACCGGCGCUACCCACGGAAUAGGGAAAGGAUUUGUAGAAGAGCUGGCGAGCAGAGGAAUGAAUAUAGUUCUAGUUAGUAGAAAUCAAAGCAAACUAGAGGAUUUAGCUGAGAAGCUUGAGCGAAGGUUCAAUAUCAGAACAAUAAUAAUUCCUGUAGAUUUUACUCAAGCUGACACAGUUCUAGAGAAGAUACAAUAUGGCAUAAUGGAUAUAAAAGGAGAUAUUGGUCUGCUGAUCAACAAUGUUGGGAUGGGAUAUGAACAUCCUGAAUAUUUUCUAGAUAUUGAAAACUGUGCUCAAGUCUCAAGGGAUAUGGUGAGUGUGAAUGUGUCUUCAGUUAUAAAUGUAACUCUAGCAGUUCUCCCCGGAAUGGUAGAAAGGAAACGAGGAGCUGUGAUAAAUAUUGGUUUUCUUUCUACUCUACAGACCUCACCUAUAUUCUCUGUAUACUCAGCUUGUAAAGCUUUUGUUAGACAAUUCAGUCAGGAUUUAGAGAUCAAGUAUAGAAGUAAAGGAAUAAUUGUUCAAGCGUUAGCUCCAGGUUUUGUUGUUAGUAAUAUGUCAAAAGUUGAAGAACCAUCAUUCUUUGUAGCUACACCACAACAAUAUGUGAGGAAUGAUGAAGGAAUCAGUAACAAAGGUUCUGAUUCUAAUGAGCUCAUGAGGAAACAGGGGGAGGGGGAAAAGACUGCUGAAAGAAAUGCAGAUGAGCUCAUGAGGAAACAGGAGAAGAUGAAAAAAUAUUGCAAAGUGUCAUGGAUCAAAAAUGGGAAGCAGGACAUUCUUGAUAUUCAGAAGGAGGUGAAAUCUAAAGGAAACCGAAAGGUUAAGAAAGUGGUAGAAUCCAAAGAAGAAUAAAGAAGAACUGAAGAGAAAACAGGAGGAGGCUGAGGAGGAGCUCUUGAGGAAACAGGAGGAGAUGAAAAAGUUGUUGUAAUUCUUGCUAAUAUUGAUAACAAAAUAAACAAUUUAAAAAUU